GCUCGAAAUAGGCAUGGUCACAUUUGGAGGAAGAUCCGACGAAUAGUGAUGACGAUGCAUGUACAUGUGUGUGGCAGUGCCGUCGAUGCAGAGUUCCAACAGGUGAAGGCUGUGCUUGAGGGUCUCUCGGCUGUGCAUGACAACAUGCAUGUCCACGUGACGGAGGGAAACUCCUCGCUUCAGAUCCAAGUGACCACGGCUCCGCCUGGGCCAACAUCCACCGUCACGUCCCUCCAAGAUCUGCUUCCUUUGCUUCGGACCCAUGUGUCUUUCGUGACUCCAUCGACUAGUCCUCCACCUUUAUUCCCCUCCGCUGGUACACCAAACGGCGCACUGCGUCUCUUUAUCGGCGGCGACCGAUCUCAAGUCGGGAAAUCCACAGUCUGUCUUGGCAUCCUCGGCGCCCUCCUGCAACUCGGCUAUCAUCCGAGCGAGCUCGCGUACAUCAAACCUGCGACCCAGUGCGAAGAACCUCAGCUUGUCGCACGCUUCUGCGAGCACUAUGGCAUCGCAGCUCAACCCAUCGGCCCAGUCGUGUUCUAUGCGGGGUUCACACGUGCAUUCCUGGACCAGCCCGACCCCGCGCGCGCCUCCCUCGACCUCCUCCGCCAAGUCGUCCAUGCCGUUGAUGCCAUCUCCGUCGGCAAGCGCAUCGUUAUCAUCGACGGCGUCGGGUAUCCCGCCGUCGGGUCCAUCUGUGGCGUGUCCAAUGCCGACAUUGCCGCCGCGCUGCAACCCAUCUCGGUCCUCCUUGUAGGCAAAAAGGGCGUCGGCGAUGCGGUGGAUUCGUUCAACUUGAACGCGACGUAUUUCAGCUCUCGCCACGUGCGUGUCCUCGGUGGCAUCUUCAAUCGACUCCCAGCCCACGGGUACUACAGCUUGGACCAGUGCAAGGCGGCUGUGACUACGUAUUUCGCCAAAAUGUCCAAUUUGGAUGGCUACAAAGCGUACGGGUUCGUUCCAGAACUCGAUCCAACUACUUCUGCCAUCUCCCCCCCAGACGAAUGGCAUGCAAUUGUACACGCCAUGAUGCAACAUGUGGACGUCCGCGGCAUCGUGGCCGAUGCUUCCGCGCAAGCUACACGGAAACGUCGGCGAUUUGGGAAAUUACACGACGAUCAGUAUGAUGAUGUGACGAUGCACAUUGCAGAGCCCAUUGAGUUGGACACGUUCAAAAAGCCGAGAAAUGAGCUGACGAUUCAGUGGAAGGCGGCCGCGCAAGCCGCCGCGAGGCACAUGGGCGCGCCGUCCUCUGCAUGACGAGCAGCGUCAUCGCAUUAAGCGAAGGUAGACUAAAUUGACUGGUGACCAAGGAAGCGUAAUGACGUGGCGCGUUAAAACACAAGAAAGGCGCGCCAUUGACACGAACAACAGUCGGACCACCAAAACACACACUAAUAGCCGUUUGAACGUAAUUCAAAUAUAUAAUAUAUAUAUAUGUAGUCGA